UUCCAACAGCAACAGCACUUGUGAGCGGGAGGAAUGACGCGUGUUCUGUCGCCCUCUGGUGGCUGACUGCAGCACUGCGCUGUCGCAAUCCUCUUCAUCACGACAAACCAAAAGCGCACUUAUAAACCGGGAAAAAUGUCCCAGCGCUUCCGUUCCACAGCCUUUCAGUCGCUUCAGAGCAUGUUUGAUAGAGACAGAGAUCUCAAGACGAUCCUCGUGGGGAACAUCCACAGCUGUGUGACAGAGGAGAUUCUGUUCGAGCUGUUCCUGCAGCGCUGUCCAGGUAUAGUAGCAAGGGGAGACAACGAAGGAGAAUUCACUGAAGGAAGGUCGGGAUAUCUGAAUGCAGAGAAAACACAAGUUAAGUAGAGAGGAGUCUGGCAACUGUUCAGCAGUGUGAGUGGUAGAUCGGACACUGGAGCACUGGCAUGAUGAGGUUUUAUAGUUGUGGGUGAGGGUUGGGUCCAGGUGAUCUCCGGCGAUUGAGAUCGGGAGUGAUUGGGACCAGGUGCAGGUGAUGAUUGAGGUGGCUGUGAUGGUGAAUCUCCUGAUGCCAUGAUGUGACUAUGAGGGCGACCUCAGCCUCUCUGGAUGCAGGGACGCUUUGGAUGGACUCGAUGGAAUUCCUUCAGUAGUAUGGGAUUCAGGAUGUUGUCCCGGGCCACCCAGGAACGCUCCUCUGGUCCAUACCCCUCCCAGUCGACCAGGUACUCGAGCCGGUCACCCCUUCGCCGCGAGUCCAGAAUGUCCUUGACUUUGUAUAUUGAUGGCUGGUCGAGGAUCUCCUGAGGAGGGGGUUCCUCUGCUUCCGGGGUACCUGCAGUGGCAGGAGAGAAGGGGUAAUGAAGGCAGUCUUCCACUUGUCACCUUUUCAAAUACCAGUGAGGUUAUAGACGCUCCGCAGGUCUAGCUUCGAGAAGAUGUGGGCUCCACACAGUUCCUCAAGGGUGGCAGGGACCAGGGGUUUGACCGUCUGGGAGUUCAGAGCUCUGUAGUCUAUGCAGGGCUGCAAGCCCCCGUCCUUCUUUCUCACAAAGAAGCUUGAGGCAGCAGGUGAGCUAGAUUGCUGGAUGAAUCCCUGAUAAAGAGCCUCCUGGAUGUAUUCCUCCAUAGCCUUGCACUCCGGGAUGGACAACGGGUACACUCUACCCUUGGGGAGUUUAGCUUCAGGCAGCAGGUCGAUGGCACGGUCCCAUUUCCUAUGAGGGGUAAAUGGGUGGCUGCCUGCUUUCUGACAUCAUCCUGGAACGCCACAUAAUCCGAUGGCAUCGCUGGAGCCAGAUUUGUCUUAGGGCUCACUAUGAGCGAGGAGUAACCUGACAGUGUCCCUCCACAAGCCUGCGAUUGCGUUAAUUUGCAGAUAGUUUGGUAGACUCCAUAUUCAUGGGCUCAAGUACUGGAGGGCAUCUGGCAGGACAGCCAGAUUGGUUAAUGGCUUCUUUGGUUUGGCAGGGAGCUAGGUGUUGUGAAAUUUGGUUGGCUUUCAACAUGAAGUUCUCCAGUCCUGUGGAAUCCAUUUGAGACCUUGACGAUCGGCCCUCAUGAGAGCUGCCUCAUUCCAUCUGCCGCCAGACUCCAAAAUUGAAAGGUGUACUCACUUGUAGAUGUCUCUCCCCGACGCAACCCCAGCAGUUGAUCUGUGACUGAGAUCUCACCAGUAGCGGAAUCAAAUACGGACUUCAACUGAUUAGUGAAAGCUUUGUAAGAGUUAUUUAUAACACUGGACACACCCAGACAGUAGUGAACAUGCCAUGGGACUGGCGAAAGCAGGUUGAGGAUUGGAUGUUGACGCUAGCGUGACACGGAGAAGGUUACCCCGCUCCUGAAGGAGUGGGAGACUGGGGAUCCAUAGAAUUGUCUAUUGAAGGUCCAGUCUUCUGUCACAAACCAGCGUGGCGACAGAGAGUUAGGAACAAGAUGGGAUAUUUAUUAAACAGAAUAGACAAGUAAUGAAACAGGGGAAUAUAAAGUCACUGAGGGAGAAUGCUCAGAGUCCAGGUAUAGUAGCAAGGGGAGGCAAUGAAGGGGAAUACACAGGAGUAAGGUCAAGAUAUCUGAGGGCAGAGAAAACACAAGUUUAGUAGAGAGGAGUCUGGCAACUGUUCAGCAGUGUGGACGGUAGACCAAACGCCGGAGUACUGGCAUGAUGAGGGCUUUAUAGUUGAGGGUGAUUGCAGGGUGUAGAUGCAGGUGAUCAGAACUCCGGCGAUUGAGAUCGGGAGUGAUUGGAACCAGGUGCAGGCCGGGCCGGUGGACGAGGUGUGUAUCUUCAGAGAUGGACAGCAGGCUCCGUAUGGAUGUGUUUAUUAUAAGCACGCUGAAGCUGUUCCCUACGCAGUCGAACUUCUCAAUGGAAUCUGGCUCUAUGGGCAGCCGAUCAAGUUACAGCGUAAAACCGAUGGACUUUAUCAUAGAAACGAGGUGUUUUCAUACCACACGGGGAAAGGACUAAUAGCAGACAGUGCAGAUGCUGUACAACGGGAUGAUGUGGUUUUGAAUUUAAAUCGCAGUCAAAGUGUGGAGAUCCAAUCUAAUGAAGCAUACAGCUGGAGUGACAUGGUGUACAGCAGACGUCUGCAGGUGUGUCCUCCAGCUGUGUGGUUCUUUCCUCCGCUCCAGCUGUGGCAUAGCUCUGGUCACUCAUCUGGGACAUCUCUCCACAGGUCAGCCAGCAGCGCAAUGGCUUGUAAUUUUCAGAAGGUGCUGUACGGAGAGCGCUGUAUGAGCAUCCUGACACCAUCUGUUCCUGUGAGCGCUUUUAUCAGCUCUGAUUCAGACUGCAAGCUCUAAACCAGUCAGAUCUGUGCAUGCUCUAAUAAAGCCAUCUGAAUGCACCCUAUUGUCUCUGGAAGUUUUGAAGCACAAGUCCCAUCAUCUGAAACGUCUUGCACAGAAUCUGCUCAAUGAUUAGAACUUUAAUAACUUAAUGAUUGAUUGAUGCAUUUAUCAUCUCCAAUGACAUUUUUAUAGAAGUAUAAAAGCUCAAUGUCACACAAAAUGUCACAUUUAUGUUGGAUGAUAAUUUAUAACAUCGUUCACUCUUAUUUUUCCUGGAAUAGCCAUCAGCCAAAGCCCUUCCCUCUCUUGAAUUGUAAUAAGUAUGAUAAGAUGCAAUAACUAUUAACCUCAGACUUUAGACUUAACAAAAGGAAUUCACCAAGUACAAGACUAUUUCAGUUAGUGCUGUGGUAUAAAAACAUUGAA